GGCGUCGGGCCAGGGCCCGCGCCUCCCACCGAGGCCCUGGCCGGUGGCCGAGCCUAGGGCUCCAGCUCCUGCGUGCCCCGUCGGUGCGGGGCCCCACGAGCUGCACGCGCUCUCCUCUGCUCCACGGCCGUUCGACAGCGCACAUUCUUAGCCUUUCCCUCCGCAGUCAUGGGCGCCGCAGCUUCGUCUGCCCUCACCGGGCUCAGCCUCCUCCAGCUCCGCCUCCGUCUUGCGCUCCCAGCCUCGGCGCAGUCCAGGGCCGCCUGGCUGUGGGCGGCCGCGCUGGGACUGGCCGCCGCGGCGGCUCUGGGGGCCGCCGCCUGGAGCACGAGGGACCGGCGGCGGCGGAGACGACAGCGGCGGCUGCAGCAGGUGGGCACAGUGGCACAGCUCUGGAUCUACCCCAUCAAGUCCUGCAAGGGGGUGCCUGUGAACGAGGCUGAAUGCACCGAGUUGGGGCUGCGCAGCGGCAACCUGAGAGACAGGUUUUGGCUCGUCGUCAAUGAAGAAGGGAACAUGGUCACUGCUCGACAGGAGCCUCGCCUGGUGCUAAUUUCCCUAACCUGUGAAAACGACUCCCUGAUCCUCAGUGCAGCCUACACCCAAGACUUGAUUCUGCCUGUCAAAGUACCCACCGCCAAUGUGGUGAGGAAGUGCAGAGUUCAUGGCCUUGAGAUUGAGGGAAGAGAUUGUGGUGAUGAGGCAGCUCAAUGGAUUACUAGCUUUCUGAAGACUCAGCCCUAUCGUCUGGUACAUUUUGAGCCUCACAUGCAGCCAAGAAAUUCCAAACAAAUACUGGAUUAUUUCCGGUCUAUAGAUAAGGUCUCUUACGCUGAUGCCAGCCCUUUCUUGAUUCUCUCUGAGGCCUCACUGGCAGAUCUUAAUUCCAGGCUUGAGAAGAAGGUUAAAGCAAACAACUUCCGGCCCAAUAUAGUGCUUUCAGGAUGCAGGGUUUAUGAGGAGGAUUCUUGGAAUGAAAUCCUCAUUGGUGAUGUGGAAAUGAAAAGGAUAAUGGCUUGUGGCCGGUGCAUUUUAACAACUGUAGAUCCAGACACUGGCAUCAUGAGCAGGAAGGAACCCCUGGAAACCUUAAGGAGUUAUCGGCAGUGUGAUCCCUCUGACCAAAAGGUGUAUGGCAAGGCACCUCUCUUUGGACAGUAUUAUGUCCUGGAAUAUCCAGGAACAAUCAAAGUGGGAGAUCCAGUGUACCUCUUGGACCAGUGACAGCAGCAUCAUCUCUUUUUGUGGCAGAUUGCUUUUGUAUAUUUGCUGGGAAAUAACCCCUUUUAAGAACAGCUUUUGAUGAUGAAUAUCCUUACAAUCUCUUCUGA